CUGCAUGUCUUCACAUCUAUAAAUUGAUUUCUUUGAUCACAAGUUCCUUCAUCUAUCCAAGGCCAUGGAAGUGUUAGUCCCACUUGGAGGCAAGACCUAUAAGCUCCCUGUUGGCUACUUGUUCGACCCCACCGAUGAAAUUCUUGCAGGCUACUACCUCAGGAAGAGGAUCAUGGCACAAACACUCCCCAAUGACCUCAUCCAAGACUAUCAUGUUUUCCAGACUCAGCCUUGGGACCUCCCAGGAGGUGGGAAGUACAUGAAUUGGCAGAAGUUUUUCUUCUACGAUGUGAGGAGCCGUGUGUCAGGAAACCCUGACAAGAGCGAUGCUGGGAAAGGGCAAUGGGAAAUGGUGGAGAAAGAUGAAGAGGUUGAGUUAUCUGACGAAAAAGUGAUUGGAAAGAAGAGUGUUCUGGUUUUCUGGAAAGCCAAGGGUAGCUCUCUUGCCAAAACAAAAUGGGUGAUGCAUGAGUUUCGUCUUGCCCUAAAGUCAAAUCCAUCAAAGAUGUCAGCCUUGGCUGUGUGCCGCAUAUUCGAGAGGAAAACUUCAAAGAGGGCAACAAAGAAAGCAAGAGUGUCAAACAGGAGCAAUAUUGAAGAAGCUAUGGAUGUCAUUGAUUUCACAGUGGAGUGUGGUGGCACUGAGACUGGUCCUCCCUCUCCUGGGACCCCCUAGUCAAACUGAAACUGCAUAUGCAUACUUAGUUAGGUUUUAAGUUGCUCCAAAAAUCUUUUGUAAGAUUUCAAUUGUGACGCCCCAUAGGCACCAUCUUUCUGAUGUAUGUAUAUGGGCUCAUAAAUUUACUUAAUAAGAAGCAACUGUUUAUUAUUUAUUUCA